CUUGAUCGAUGCCCCACCAAAACCGACUUUUCUCCUUGAACCUCCAUCACACCACCGUAAAAGAACUCGCUUCGUACUCAACACCGGCGAGUAACUUGCAAGAUGGAUUCAGAAGAUCCCCAGGAGCGUCCCGAGGACAUCACAAACAUCAUCAACGGCCUCGAGCGGUACAACCCCGAGGCUGUCGGUAACCUUGAGGACUACCUGCGCCUGCAGUGCGAGAACAGAUGGACUGAUUCUAAUGCGAACCGGACGUUGCUGAAGCUGUAUCAGCUAAAUAACGACCGCGUUAAGGACGAAGUCAUCACCAACAUCCUCGUCAAGGCCCUAACCUGCUUCCCGUCCCCGCAGUUCGCGCUGGCGCUGCACUUGAUCCCGCCGCACCUGAUGGCGCCGAACCCGCGGGCGGAGCUGCCGGAGGCGAUCGCGAAGCUGCGGGAGCUGAACACGCAGCUGCAGGGGGCGCAGUACGCGCGGUUCUGGGCGACGCUGGACUCGGACGACCUGUACGCGGACCUGACGACCGACAUCGACGGCUUCGAGGAGCUGAUCCGCGUCCGCAUCGCCACCCUCGUCUCCCACGCCUACCGCGAGAUCGAGCUGAGCGUGCUCGAGCAGUGGUUAGGGCUGGAGGGCCAGGCCGCCCUCAAGUUUGUGACUGAGACCGCCGGAUGGAAGGUCGAGGGCGGCGUCGUGAAGAUCCCGAAGAACCCGGAGAACGAGGCGAAGAAGAGCGAGGUCCGCGAGGAUGUUAACGUGGAUAUGUUCUCGAGGGUUAUUCGACGGGCUUGGGAGGAGACUGUUUGAUCGUCUAACUAACCAAACGAACCAAACCAAUCAAUCCGUUUAACCUGCCUACCUAGAUACUUGGGCCGGUUUUCCGCGUCUGGGGAUGCGGUCAUGGUCGGAGCCAUGAGUGGUGGGAAGGGGGACGGGACGGUGGACCUACGAAACCAGCAUUGGGAAAAGACACGGGAAGAUACCACCGUCUUGGGCGUUACGGGUGACAGUUCGGGGGUUCCGAACUUUUGACUUGCUGGAUGUGCGGCUUGCUUACUUGUCCCUGCCGUCGGUAGAUAUACCUACAUGGGCGGUUAUGAGAGGUGGGAAAUGAAUAAAAAUGAUGAUAUGAAUAAAUUCGUCUUAUUUGAUGCAAA